AUGGCGCACUCGGCUGCUCACGAACGCCUUGCGGCACUCUCGUCACACCUCGCCCGGCCGACCGCCCCGCCUCCCGACUGGCCAGGCGCGCUCGCCGCCCUCGAGGCCACCUUCCCCGCACACCAGCUCUCGCUCGACCUCGCGACGCGACAGCAGCACGGCCAGAGCUGGGGGUCGCUGCUCCCGCCGGCACCUCCCGCCGCCGUCCUCCACGCUCUCGCGACGAGCGACGUCGUCGCCGUCGUCCGCAUCGCGACUCGGUUCGGCAUCGUCCUCAUCCCGACAGGCGGCCGCACCGCGCUCGAGGGCCAGUUCACGCCGACGCGGCAGGCGGCGUCCGGCGAGGUGGUCCUGCCGCGGCCGACCAUCCACGUCUCGCUGUCGCGCAUGAACCGCGUCCUCGAGCUGCACGCGCAGGACUUCCAGGCCGUCGUGCAGCCAGGCGUCGGCUGGGCGAGCCUCAACGCCUACCUCGCCGAGCGCGACGGCGUCAAGCUCUUCUUCCCCGUCGACCCGGCGCCGGGCAGCGAGUUCGGCGGCAUGGCGGGCGUGGCAGGGAGCGGCACGAAUGCGGUUGGGUACGGCACGCUCCGGGCAGAGUGGAUCCAGGGCAUGACGGUCGUCCUCAUGGACGGCUCGGUGAUCCGCACCAAGGGGACGAACCGCGCGAGGAAGAGCACGACCGGGUUCGACACGGGCCGCCUGUUUCUCGGCAGCGAGGGUACCCUCGGCAUCAUUACGGAGCUCACCGUCCGCCUCGCGCCAAGCGUUCCGCUCAAGGUCGCCCUCACCUCGUUCCCCUCGGUCGCCAAUGCCGUCACCGCCGUCGUCGACAUCCUCGGCGCAGGCCUCACGCCCACGUCGCUCGAGCUUCUCGACGGCACCUCGAUCCGCGGCCUCAACCUCAGCAAGAUCCUGCCCGACGAGUUGCCCGAGGAGCCGACGGUCCUCAUGCGCUUCUCGAACCCGAGCGACGAGGUGAAUCGCGCGAGCCUCGAGACGGUCGCCAAGAUCGUCGAGCGAGCGGGUGGGCGAGAGCUGCGGGUCGCCAAGAACGAGCAGGAGAACGACGAGCUGUGGAAGGCGAGGAAGUCGCAGUACUGGUCGCAGCAGCUCCUCAUCGGCGCAGGCUGUCGCACACUGAUCACCGACGUCUGCGUCCCGAUAUCACGUCUUGCCGAGUUCGUCGCGCGGAGCGAGGUGCUGGUACAGCGCUCGGGCCUCGUUGCGCCGAUCGUCGCGCACAUCGGUGACGGCAAUGUCCACCGAGCGAUCCUGUGGAAGGGCGCCGAGGGCGAGACGGAGCGACCAAAGGAGGUCGAGCACCUCGCCAAAGCGCUCGUCAAGCUCGCGCUCGAGCUCGAGGGCACCUGCGCCGGCGAGCACGGUAUCGGGCUCACGAAGCGCAAGUACCUGCGCGCCGAGCUCGGCGAGGGCACCGUCGCCCUCAUGCGCACCGUCAAGCGUGCGCUUGACCCGCUCAAUCUCCUGAACCCAGGCAAGGUCCUGUUUCCAGAGGGCGAGGAGGAGUGGGUGUGAGUCGGGCGCGCCCUUGAGCAGUUCUGCAAUCCGCUCUCGUCCUCUCUC